AUGCCGCUUGCACGUUCAGCGGAAGAGGGACGCUCUCUCCUCCCCCGGGGGGUGCGCCUGGGGCGGGUGCUGUCUCUCUGGCUCUCCGUGGCCCUGGCGCUGACGCCCGGAGCCCGGGGCUCCAGCCUCAACUGCCACAAGACCUGCAUCUGCGCCAGCAACAUCGUCAGCUGCUCCAAGAUGAACCUGACGGCCGUGCCCACCUCCCUGCCCCUGUACGUGGCCGUGCUGGACGUCAGCUUCAACGCCAUCGGCCGCCUGCGCGCCGAGUGGACCACGGUGAAGCUGCUGAAGCUGCACAGCCUCCUGCUCGGCCACAACGGCAUGAGCUUCCUGUCCACCGAGGCCUUCCUGCACGUCAGCCGCCUACGCCACCUGGACCUGUCCUCCAACCGGCUGCGGCUGCUGGACGAGUUCAUCUUCGAGCCGCUGCGGCAGCUGGAGGUGCUGCUGCUCUACAACAACCACAUCUCCCAGAUCGACCGCACCGCCUUCUCCGGCCUCAUCGGCCUGCAGAAGAUCUACCUGAGCCAGAACCAGGUCUCCCGCUUCCCCCUGGAGCUGGUCCGGGAGAGGACCCGGCCGCAGAACCUCAGCCUGCUGGACGUCUCCACCAACCGCAUCAAGGUCCUGCCCGUGGCCGAACUGCAGGUGCUGCCCGCCUGGAUGAAGGACGGCCUGUACUUCCACGGCAACCCGCUGGCGUGCGACUGCGCCCUCUACAGCCUGCUGGCCCACUGGCGCAUCCGCAAGCUGAGCUCCGCCCUGGACUUCGAGGACGAGCACACGUGUGUCCUCCCGGGCGCGCAGAAGGUGACGGUGGGGACCUUCCAGCUGGACGGGGACUACAUGAACUGCAGCACCUACAAGGAGGCUGACAGGGAGGCGUACCUGGAGCAGAUGCUGGUGCUGGCCUGCGACACCCGGCACAGGGACAUGCGCAAGACCUGGGCCACGCCCGGCGACGGCCCGGCGACGCCCCGUAGCAACGGGACGGCGACGGUGCUGCCGGACGGCAGCCUGCGGAUCGGCCCGGCGCGGGUGGAGGACUCGGGCCUGUACACCUGCUUCGCCGUGAGCGAGGAGCUCAACGAGACCCUCUACGUGAUGGUGCAGGUGCACAACUUCACCAUGGCCGCGGGCGGGGACACGCUCAACACGGCCUACACCACUCUGGUGGGCUGCCUGGCCAGCGUGGUGCUGGUGCUGAUCUACCUGUACCUGACGCCCUGCCGGUGCUUCUGCUGCCAGGGCAAGGCUCAGGGGCAGCACGAGGACAGCAUCCACUCCUCCAUGCUCAGCGCUUCGCCCAUGCACGAGGACCCCGGGGCCCGGGCCAGCAUCAGCCGCCACGUGGCCUUCAGAGACUCCAAGGAGCUGCAGGGGCAGAACGGCAAGGUCAAGCCCAACGCCGAGGAGGAGGAGGAGGAGGAGGAGGAUGAAGAGCGGCAGGCACUCCAGGGCAGGGGGAGGAGGAGGAGGUCGGAUGUGGGUUCCAUCAGCUCCGUCUUCUCCGACACCCCCAUCGUUGUUUGA